UAAUUGUCAGUAGUCAUUUCAAAUCAGCUGCAAAGAAAAAUAAUAAUAUUAGAAUAAAUAAUCAUACUUUUUCUUAAUAUUGUUUAAUUUUACAUGCCAUGAAAGUCCUAUUUUAUUAUUAAAUAAAAAUGAGUACUGACGAAAAGCAGCUUGAUAUUAUACAAUACGUCCCAUUUACGUCUUUCGUACACCCAUCUUUUUGGCACAGUUUAACGGAUUUAAAACUUAAUGUUGAUAAACUAAAAGAAACAACUAAACAAAUUCAUGGCAGUUUUUCAUACAGUAAUGAUAUUGGAACAGUUUUCGAGGUUGAUGGAACAUCUUUUAACAGGGAUCCAGAAUGUGGGUUGCACUACAUAAAUAUUACUGGGACUCUUAUGAAUAAGAACACCAUCGAAGACUUCAAGUCCAUUGAUAAAACUGCACUUCUCAAUAGUGUAGGGGAAAUGAUUUGGUCAAACAUUAAAAUGCUGUCAUGGAUCAAAAAUCCAAGCGGCUUAUUGAACUGUUUCAUUCUAUCUUUUGCGGAUCUAAAGAAGUUUCAUUACUAUUAUUGGUUCGCAUUUCCCUGUCCCAGCCAACCAACAGUUUAUUUAAAGGAGAAAAGUCAGAAUAUCAGUACCGUUUUUAGCAAAAAUGAGAUUCAAGAUAUAUCAGACAGAUUUCAAUCUUUGGAACUCGACCAGAAAUGCUAUUUCGUUGUCAUAAAGGAGAAUAGCAAGGUGGUAGUUAAGAAACUACAUGAAUUUUUCAAUAAUAAAUCUGAAGAGGAUAUUAUUGUUGAUAGAGAAGUAUUUUUUGCUUUCGCCGACCCUAGCAAUAACUACAAUCCUGGCUGGUCACUAAGAAUAUUCCUUGCGGCAUUAUAUGAAUGUUUUCCAACUCUUACAAAGCAAUGCCUACAAGUAAUUGGUAUCAGAUGUACGAGAGAUGGAUCUGUAGAAAAAAGCCUAAUGUUCAUGAUUGAAGCACAAAAGGAUAGUCAAACAGGAGGUAAUGUUAAUUGGUUGGGCUGGGAGAGAAAUGAUAGGGGAAAUUUUGGACCGAAACUCGCUAACAUGUCAGCGUCUAUGGAUCCGAUCAAGUUAGCGGAAACAUCGUCUGAUCUCAACAUAAAGCUGAUGCAGUGGCGGCUCGUCCCCGACUUGGAUGUGGACGUCAUGAAGAACACUAAAUGUCUCUUAUUGGGAGCAGGGACGCUCGGUUGUCAUGUCGCAAGGGAUUUAUUGGCUUGGGGUUUCCGCCACAUAACUUUCAUAGACAGUGGUAAAGUUUCCUAUUCAAAUCCGACCCGUCAAGUACUUUUCAAUUUCCAAGAUUGUGUCAAUGGAAGCAGAAAGGCUGAAGCAGCUGCGAACAAUAUGAAACUAAUAUUGCCAACUGUGCACACCGAAGGUUUGGUCCUCCACAUCCCCAUGCCAGGGCAUCCAAUAGGAGAGGCUCUGAAGAAGGAAACUAUUCAUAAUAUAGAAGUUCUCACGGAAGCUAUUACAAAGCAUGAUGUAGUAUUCUUACUCCUUGAUACGAGAGAAGCCAGGUGGCUACCAACACUUAUAGCAGCUAGCUAUGGAAAGAUAGUAAUAAAUGCAGCUCUGGGCUUCGACAGCUACCUAGUGAUGCGACACGGAGUGAGUAAAGAACGAGAUGGUGUGAAUGAAACAAUUGAAGGAAUCUCUAAAAACGAUACACACGUGGACGGUGGACAACUGGGCUGUUAUUUCUGUAAUGACGUCACCGCCCCCGGAAACUCUCUCAAAGAUCGUACGCUAGAUCAACAAUGCACUGUAACUAGACCGGGAGUCGCGGCCAUUGCUGGCGCGUUAGCGGUUGAAUUAUUGGUAGCUAUUCUGCAACAUCCGUUAAGGGUCAACGCUCCGGCCUUAUACAACUUGAAUAGUGAAGAAAGCUCCGAACAUGAAGGCAUACUCGGCCCGAUACCUCAUUCAAUCAGAGGUUUCCUUCAUUCAUUCCAAACCGUUGUUCCAACGUGUUCGAAAUUCAAACAGUGCAUAGCAUGUUCGGAAGUGGUCAUAGACAAGUAUAGAGAGGAAGGAAUUGAAUUUUUGAUGAAGGUUUUCAACAGUGGAACCUUUUUGGAGGAUGUUACGGGUCUAUCUGAAUUGCAAUUAGCAGCUGAAAUGACCGAUGUGCUUACAUUCUCGGAUGAAGAUCAAGAAAAUAGCAGUUAAGAAGUGUCGUUGACCUAUUUUCUGUAUAACAGCACAAGCUUCGCCUUAAAACUUAAAGAUAUAUAAUGGGCAGGCUAUGGCUUUAAUACUGACGGUGGCUGUUUUAAAGCAUUUAUUGUUAAUAUUAAGCAUAUUUAAAGGGUUAUAUACUGAAGUCAAACUUUUCUUAUAUUGUCUCAAAUUAAGGCUUCUCAUUAAAGGCCAAUAUGGCGGGGCCAUAAAACCUCGCGUCUGCUUAGCAUGAAUCUUUUAAAUUAUUAUGUAUUUUGAAAUUAAAAUGUUUACUCGGAUAGCA